AUGGAGAUCCUGGCUUCGGCUAUCCAGGAGGUGCAUAUGGGAGUCGUGGCGGGUACUCAAGCCAUAGAAGUUACCCAAGAAGGCGAUGCCACUAUCGUUGUGAUUGCCACGGAUACCGUUAUGCACCAGGCUGCCAAAGGAUUAGUCAGUAGUUCUAACAUCAGUACUAAGAGCAGGGUAGCUGCUUGUACCUGCUUUCUGCUGGAAGGAGAGGCAACUGCUCAAGCAAUUCGUUUGGCAGGUUUUGUUAAUACUCCUCUCUAUGUAGUUCAUGAAUCCAAACUGCCGAAUCAUGGACAUAACAAGGCCCUUCAAGCUGCCCUUUCGACUGGAGUUUUGCAACUUGUAGGAACCGAUCAUUGUUCCUUUAAUUCUACACAGAAAGCACUAGGGAUUGAUGAUUGCCAAAAAAUUCUUAAUGGUGUCAAUGGUAUUGAGGAGAGAAUGCAUCUUGUAUGGGAUACAAUGGUGGAAUCUGGCCAAAUUUCUGUUACUGAUUAUGUUCGGGGGAUGAGCACAAUAUGUGCUAGAAUCUUCAAUAUAUAUCCUACAAAAGUAGCAAUUCUUCCUGGAUCUGAUGCAGACAUAAUUAUACUCAACCCAAACUCAAGCUUGGAAAUAUCUGCAUUGUCCCACCACUCUAGGUCAGAUACAAACGUUUAUGAGGGAAGGAAAGGAAAGGUAAUCUCUUUAGCUCUAUUGUAGUUGAUCUGUGGAUGAUAAAUGAAUUAUGGAGUAGGUUGGUAUGUAUAUGUAUGUAUGUAUUUGCACCUAUGA